CAACAAUAAUUAUUUAGAUAAUAGCUAUAGCAAAAUCUAGUACUCAAUUAUGGAAGAAAAUUCAUGAAUAUAGUGUUUUAAUGGAAGAUAUUCAGUAUGCUCUAAAGGAGGUUCGCGGAUUCAAUUUUUAUAGUAGACUCGUCAAUCAAAUUCAAGAAAAACCAGAUGUAAUAGAAGAUAUUUUCAGAAAUAUCACAGGUUCUUGUGCUAUCCCCAUGGUGAUAUAUGGACUAGGCAGAAUCCAAUAUAGUUACGCUGCAAGAUUCCAACUAGCUCUUGCUCUACUACUUCGAGAAGUUCCAGGGUUGGAGAUCCGUCAAGAGAUUACAAUUUGUUGUGAUGAUCUGACUUUGAAUCAUGUUGAAGAAAGAGCUCUCAAAGCCCAUGGAUGCAAGGUUAUCCGUAUGUCGGGCGGUCGUUUUAGAUGGAUAGUUGAUGAACUUACUUUGUUCUUUUUACCAUUCACUAGGCCUGAGGUUUUAGGAGAUUUACUACAGAUGAAUUGGUGUUCAUCACAACUUGAGAAGAUGAUAAUUUUGGGAAGCAGUUUGACUUCCAUGGCUAGUGAUUUGGAUGAGAUGAUAUCCACAUGCGACAAUGAAGAAGGGCGUCCAAGCAUGACAGUUAACAAAUUAACAUAUGUAACUGAUAGAUUGAGAUACAUAUGGGCCAUCUGCAAACACACAUGGGUGUUUGAUAUCAAUGAUGAAUCCUCAUCUACUGACGAAUCCCAUGACUAUAGCCCUGAACAAAUAUUUGAAAAUAUGUUUUGGCAUGGAUUCGAUUUUGAUGGAAUUGAUAUUAUUGAAAAAGACAUGAACAACUUUUUACCAAGCACGGACUCUUGUUUCAAGUGGGUGGAUGAUGAUACAAGGCUUUCCAAUCCUCAAUAAAAUUGAAGUUGACCAUGAGAAUGCGAUACCUGAUAAUGAUGACAUCAGUGAACUACGGACCCGUAUGGAAUGUUGCUACUUUGAAAAAUUCAAACUAAACAAUAAGCGGAAAAAUAGCUUCUUUUCUUUUCACGAUGACUUGCGUGGUUUAAGCAAAUAUCGUAAAACAUGGACCCCGCCUCAAUCCAAUUGGAUCAAGCUCAACUUUGACGGUCAUUAUAGUGAACUUUGUGGUUAUGGUGGCUUUUUUAGUAAUGAUGAAGGAAAGAUAUUGCUUUCAUAUGCCGGACCCAUGAGCAACACUGGUGCUGACUUUGGCAAUGGUAAAGACGAGAUAACAUCGCAAGUGGAAGGUCUAAGACAAGGUGUCCGAUGCUUCAAACAAUUAAUGCCUAAUUAUUGUCAAGACUCUAAUUUGAUCAUCAGAAGGUAGUGCUCUUAGUGUGAUUAGGUGGUCUAAUCAAUUUAUUCCCACCACCACAUAAAUUUGUAGAGAUUUACAAAGAGGUGUGUGCAAUGUUAGAAGAGACAAAUUGUGUUAUGCAAUAUGUUUAUGAAGAAGCAAACAUUAAAGCCAAUGAAUUGGCUAAAUUAGGCAUGACACUCUCCGAAUUUAGUUCAUGGUGACCAACUAAAACUAUAUGCAGUUGUUAUAGAGUAAAUGAAAUUUUUGGAUUUUGUUUUUUA